CUUAUUUUUCAAAGGUGUCCAAGCUACAUAGAAUCACAAAACUUUACAUGUGUCUCAGAAUUCUUCCUCAUGGGACUCUCAGAUGAUCCAGAACUGCAGCCUUUGCUCUUUGGGCUGUUCCUGUCCAUGUACCUGGUCACCAUGUUGGGGAACCUGCUCAUCAUCCUGGUGGUCAGCUCUGACUGCCACCUCCACACUCCCAUGUACUUCUUCCUCUCCAACCUGUCCUUGGCUGACAUUGGUUUCACCACCACCACAAUCCCCAAGAUGAUGGUAGACAUCCAAACUCACAGCAAAGUCAUCUCCUAUGUGGGCUGCGUGACUCAGAUGUCUAUUGUUACUCUUUUUGGAUGUUUGGACAGUCUACUCCUGACUGUGAUGGCCUAUGACCGGUUUGUGGCCAUCUGUCAUCCCCUGCACUACUCAGUCAUCAUGAACACACGUCUCUGUGGCCUGCUGGUUUUAGUGUCUUUUUUCAUCAGUCUUUUGUACUGCCAGCUGCACAGUUUGAUGGUGUCACAACUUACCUUCCCAAUGCGUGUGGAAAUCCCUCAUUUCUUCUGUGACCCUUCUCAGCUAUUCAACCUUGCCUGUUCUGACACCUCCAGUAAUAACGUAUUAAUCUAUUUUAUGGGUGCUAUCCUUGGUGGUGGCCCACUCAUAGGGAUCCUUUCCUCUUAUAUUCGAAUUGUUUCCACCACUCUGAGAGUCUCAUCAACAGGUGUGAAGUACAAAGCCUUCUCUACCUGUGGAUCUCACCUGUCAGUGGUUUGCUUAUUUUAUGGAACAGCCCUUGGGGUGUACCUCAGUUCUGCUGUUUCACAUUCUCCCAGGAAGGGUGCUGUGGCCUCAGUCAUGUAUACUGUGGUCACCCCCAUGCUGAACCCCUUCAUCUAUAGCCUAAGGAAUGGAGACAUGAAGAGGGCCAUGCAGAAGUUCCUCAGAAGAACAGCCUAA